GAGAUGGCUUGCCAUUUUCAAUGCUCCCUACCUCAAAAUUCAAAAUGAGCGCGUGACCAAACUUCAUUAAAUACGUCAUUUCUUUUUGAAUUUUCUAUCUUCACCCGACACCGGUGGUCUGAACCGGUUCGCCUUCUUAGACCCUACGCCUUCUUUCCUUCUUGCUCUCUCUCUCUCUCUCUCUCUCUGCGUUCCUUAAAUUGACGGUGUAUAGAAUUUUCGUCAUCUUCUUCCUCACGAUCAUUCACCUAGCUUCGACUUCUAGAGUUAGGGUUUUGGCCAGAUGGGGCAGCAGUCUUUGAUCUACAGCUUCGUCGCGCGGGGCACGGUGAUCCUCGCCGAAUACACUGAAUUCACGGGCAACUUCAACAGCAUCGCCUCUCAAUGCCUCCAGAAGCUCCCCGCCACCAACAACAAGUUCACCUACAAUUGCGAUGGCCACACCUUCAACUACCUCGUUGAGAACGGCUUCACCUACUGUGUUGUUGCAGUUGAGGCUUCUGGCAGACAAAUUCCAGUUGCUUUUCUAGAGCGAAUUAAGGAAGACUUCAACAAGAGAUAUGGUGGAGGGAAAGCCGCAACUGCUGUUGCCAACAGCCUAAACAAGGAGUUUGGGCCCAAAUUGAAGGAGCACAUGCAGUACUGUGUAGAUCACCCGGAAGAAGUAAGCAAGCUUGCUAAAGUAAAAGCUCAGGUUUCUGAAGUCAAGGGAGUGAUGAUGGAAAAUAUUGAGAAGGUUCUUGAUCGUGGUGAGAAGAUUGAGCUGCUGGUGGAUAAAACUGAGAACCUUCGGUCACAGGCACAAGAUUUCAGGCAACAGGGAACCAAAAUGCGGAGGAAGAUGUGGCUCCAAAAUAUGAAGAUAAAACUGAUAGUUUUGGGAAUCCUGAUUGCUUUGAUUCUAAUCAUAGUUCUUUCUAUUUGCCAUGGCUUCAAUUGUUGAUUUCACAUUGCAUAGACUGCCUCAUGUCUGUGUCACUAGGAUUGCUUUUGCUAGUUUGGUUAUCCAUUUAAUUAUGAUGUUGUGUUUUUGCUACUCCUGCCGCCCGUCCUCUGGCUUUCUUCUCAUCAUUUCUUGGGAGUCACACCUUUCCUUUUUAUACUAGAUUUCUAGGAUGGAAGGAUUUGUAAUUUGGAUAUGAUUGUAUAGUUUCUAUGCGUUUAAAACAUUUAAUUAGGAAAGAUAUUUUCAACUAUGAAGCCAUUCUGUUCUGUGCAAGUUUUGUGGUUAGCUUGUUUGAGAUAUAUAUAAUGAGUAAUACGCUUUGUUUGAGAUA